CCCGGCAACGCGCGGCCGGCGCAGUCCCCGCAGCCAUGGACCCGCUGUCCGGCGCCGGGCCUCGCCGGGCUCGCGGCCGCCUGGGCGCGGCGUCCCCCGGAGCGCGGGCUGCGACGGCGCCCUGGGCGCGCUUCUCGGCCUGGCUGGAGUGCGUGUGCGUGGUCACCUUCGACCUGGAGCUGGGCCAGGCGCUCGAGCUGGUGUACCCCAGUGACUUCCGGCUCACGGACAAGGAGAAAAGCAGCAUCUGCUACCUGUCCUUCCCUGACUCCCACUCAGGCUGCCUCGGAGACACUCAGUUCAGCUUCCGCAUUCGGCAGUGUGGCAGACAGAAGAGUCCAUGGCAUGCCGAGGACUGGCACUACAACAGUGGGGCGCCCGUGUCGUUGCAAAGGGAGCCAGCACACUACUUUGGUUACGUGUACUUCAGGCAGGUGAAGGACAGCUCCGUGAAGAGGGGCUACUUCCAGAAGUCUCUGGUGCUGGUGUCCCGCCUGCCGUUUGUCCGGCUAUUCCAGGCGCUCCUGAGCCUGAUUGCCCCCGAGUGCUUCGACAAGCUGGCCCCCUGCCUGGAAGCGGUGUGCAACGAGAUUGACCAGUGGCCAGCCCCCAUGCCUGGGCAGACCCUGAACCUGCCUGUUAUGGGAGUCGUCCUCCAGGUUCACGUCCCGUCCAGGGUGGACAGGCCUGAGCACGGUCCUCCGAAGCAGUGUAGCCAUGAGAACCUGCUGCCCGCCCCCGUGGUCCUCACCAGCGUCCAUGAACUGGACCUGUUCAGGUGCUUCCAGCCUGUGCUGACCCACGUGCAGACUCUGUGGGAGCUCAUGCUCCUCGGGGAGCCCCUGGUGGUCCUGGCACCCUCGCCCGCCAUGUCCUCAGAGAUGGUGCUGGCCUUAAUCAGCUGUCUGCAGCCCCUCAAGUUCUGCUGUGACUACCGCCCCUACUUCACCAUCCAUGACAGCGAGUUCAAGGAGUUCACCACGCGCACGCAGGCCCCACCAAACGUGGUCCUGGGAGUCACAAACCCUUUCUUUAUCAAAACACUCCAGCACUGGCCCCACAUCCUCCGUGUUGGAGAGCCCAAGAUGUCAGGGGAUCUUCCUAAGCAGGUCAAGCUGAAAAAGCCCUCUAGGCUGAAGACCCUUGACACCAAGCCAGGCCUCUACACCACGUACUCGGCCCACCUCCACCGGGACAAGGCACUGCUCAAGCGGCUGCUCAAGGGGCUGCAGAAGAAGAGGCCCUGGGACACACAGACAGCACUGCUGAGACGGCACCUCCUGGAGCUCACGCAGAGCUUCAUCAUCCCCCUGGAGCACUACAUGGCCAGCCUCAUGCCCCUGCAGAAGAGCAUCACACCCUGGAAGACUCCUCCCCAGAUCCGCCCUUUCCGCCAGGAUGACUUCCUGCGUAGCCUGGAGCACGCAGGGCCCCAGCUCACCUGCAUCCUCAAGGGCGACUGGCUGGGCCUCUACAGGCGGUUUUUCAAGUCCCCCCACUUUGACGGCUGGUACCGGCAGCGGCACAAAGAGAUGGCCCAGAAGCUGGAGGCCUUGCACCUUGAGGCUAUCUGUGAGGCGAACAUCGAGACUUGGAUGAAGGACAAGUCUGAGGUGGAGGUCGUGGACCUGGUCCUGAAACUUCGGGAGAAGCUGGUGCAGGCACAGGGCCACCAGCUCCCAGUGAAGGAGGCAGCACUGCAGCGGGCACAGCUGCACAUCGAGACUGUCAUCGGCUCUUUGCCCAAGGACCUGCAGGCUGUCCUGUGCCCUCCCUAGGACAGGGCCAAGGGGCGAGGUCCAGGGGCCUGGGUCUGGCCAAGCUUCCUUCUCCUCGGUGAGAGGUGGCCCCAGCCAGGCACGAGCUCCCGACCCGAGCUCCCCGCAGCUGCUGUCUAGCCUUGGCCAUCCCCGUCGGCACCCGUGUUGUUUCAGCAGUAAAGGUGGCAUUUGGAACCACA